GUUUUUGUCGUUUUUUAAACAGGCUUUGACGCAUGAGGAAUUAAGUUUUCUUUUUGUACUGUGAUAACGUUACGCGAAGAUGCGUGUUGAGAAGUGCUACUUCUGCUCUUCUCCACUCUGGCCAGGGCAUGGGAUUCAGUUCGUGAGAAACGACUGCAAGAUCUUCAAAUUCUGCCGGUCCAAGUGUCACAAGAACUUCAAGCGGAAGAAGAACCCGAGGAAGGCCAAGUGGACUAAAGCUUUCCGUAAAGCUAACAACAAAGACCUCGCUGUCGACCCUUCGUUCGAGUUUGAACAGAGACGAAAUGUCCCUCUCAAGUACAACAGGGAAUCCUGGCAGAAGACGAUUGAAACCAUGCAAAAGAUAGACGAGAUCAGACGAAGACGAGAAGCUAGACACAUAAUGAACCGACUGAAGAAGGGCACAGAGAUUGAAAGGGAGCAGGACGUGAAGGAUGUGGAAAGGAACAUGGCAUUGAUCCGGUCUCCUGCAGCUGGUCUCUUGGAACAACGUGCCCUGGAGGAAAAAGUCGUCGAGCAUAUGGAAGAUUCCGAAGCAGAAUCUAUGGAAGCUGAGGACGAAUAAAAAGGAAACAAAAGAUUUCUCAUUGCGUUAUGAAAAAAAAAAAAACA